CAAGUGUUAAAAUUCAUCAGUAGUGAUAACUAGUUGAUCUUUUUUUCUUUAUCCUUACGCAAUAGAUUACAUAUUUUAUUAGUUGUGGAAUGCUUGUUUUAUUUUUAUUCUAAACCCUGGGAUAUUAAAAUAGUAUAUUUCGAGAUUGGCCAGCUCAGAAGGCAAGCAAUAAAUUGAAUAAAAAGAUAAUAAUGGUCUGUUGUUGGUAUAUGGACGAUAAAGAGGGAGAUCAAAGAGAUAAACACAUGAGAGAUGAAAAUUCGUUUGUGACAUUGGACCGAUUGAAAAAAUUAACGGGAGUCGAGUACAUCCACAUAGAAGACCUUGACGACAAAGAUUCAAUAGAGAAUAUAAAAAGAGAAAGGGGAUACAACUAUGAAGAUGAGAUGACGUGUUCGAAAGAGUGCUUGGAAAACUACGAGGAGAGGCUCAAAACGUUUUACACCGAACACUUGCACACGGAUGAGGAGAUAAGGCUGGUGCUCGACGGCACCGGAUAUUUCGAUGUGAGGGACAAAGAGGACAAUUGGAUCAGGAUCAAAGUGGUCCAAGGCGACCUUCUGAUCAUCCCGAGUGGCAUAUACCACAGAUUCACGCUCGACCAGAGCAAUUUCAUCAAAGCAAAGCGGUUUUUUCAAGGAGAGCCAGUUUGGACACCGCACAACAGGCCAGCUGAAGAUAUGCAGUGUAGAAAGGAUUACCUUGCCAAACUGACAAGGGGAUUCUAAAAUUCAUGUAAAUGAACAUAUUUUUGUAAUAAAUUGUUUUAUGCUUUACCAUGUCUAAUCCAAGAUUAAAGUUAUAUAUUAGUCAAACUUAUA